UGUACUCUUCUCACUGUUAUGGGUGGUCUGGUCUCUCAUUGGUCCUGGUGAGGGUUUAUAACGUGAUAUGUCACCAGCGGAGUGAGUGUAGGGUGUUUUUUCUCUCUUCAGUGACAGGAUUAUCAUCUCAGCGCUUUAACAUACCGCCAAACCGCAGAUCAAAUGUCGGGAAAGGUUCUGUUCGCUAUUACAAUGUAAUAGUGAAUAGGAAUAAGAAAAACAGCUUUACCUAUACAACCGAAGGUAUUUGUAUGACGACAAGACCCUGAAGUGACAAUUCAUCGUCAAUAAUUCUCAGACCAUGAACUACGUGGGCCAGUUGGCAGGCCAGGUGUUUGUGCAGGUGAAGGAGCUGUACCGGGGCCUGAACCCGGCCACCCUGUCGGGCUGCAUCGAUGUCAUCGUGGUGCGUCAGCCCGACGGCACCCUGCAGUGCUCGCCCUUCCACGUUCGCUUCGGCAAGAUGGGCGUGCUGCGCUCCCGUGAGAAAGUGGUGGACAUAGAGAUCAAUGGAGAGCCUGUGAGUCUACAAAUGAAGCUGGGAGAGAACGGAGAGGCCUUUUUCGUCAAGGAGACAGAGAACACACUGGAAGGGAUUCCGUCCUACCUGGCAACAUCACCUAUUGUGUCCCAGGGGGCGGAGCUAAUGGAAGCCCAGCUGGGGAAGGGCAUGUCUCGCCUCUCUGACCCCACCUCCCUCUCGGUCCUGAGCUCCCAGCAGACCAUAGGAGGAGGAGGAGGGAUGAUGAUGAAGAAGAGGAGGAAGAGGAGGAAGAAGGCGCGGGAGAGCGGAGGAGGGAGGCGGGAGGAGAGUGGGGAGCACUCAGAGGAUGAGGACAUGUUCACCAUCGAUAUGAGCACUGAUGAGGAGCAAGAGCACGAUAACAACGCCAGCAGGGCCUCUACUCCAGAGCUCUAUGAAGAGCAGGGGCCUAAGGCCAGUGUGUUGAGCAGCACCUACACCCAGAACACAACAUACACACUUCCUGACGCAGACUGGGCACACUCGCAGAGUCCUCUGAUAGAACAUACUCUGUCUAUCCCUCCUAGCGGUGGUCUGUCCAUCUCCUGUCCACAGCAGACUUCUCUCUUCCCUUCUCCUAUCAGCAGCCCAGGCGGCUCCAGCCCCUCCACUCCAAAGAGUGACUCAGAGCUGACCAAUCAGAGCAAAGACAACCCUGAGAUGAUGUGGGCCUGGGGAGAGCUGCCACAAGCUGCCAAGCCCUCCUUCUUCCCUCCGUUCCAGAUGCAAGAUUCUUUGAUGAUGUCCCCUGUCACCAUCCCUGUGUGUGACAGCACACACUUCAGAACCAUCACUGGAGACGGUGGCCCCUCUGAUCAGAUCCAGUCCCAGAGGCAAAAAGACAGCGGCCCCCCGUCCCUCACCCUGUAUGUUCCCCAGCCCGAGGACAACAUGGCUGGGGCCGGGUCUGGAGUCGGGUCUGGGGCCGGGUCUUGGCCUGGAGGAGACAUGGAGGCAGUAUGGGCAGCCUGUAGAGAGGUGGAGGGACUGGUGGCCUCCAGGAUGCUGUCAGAACUGGAUGAGGGGGGCCAUAGGGACAACACGGUCAGACACACAGACUCCCCAUCUAAGAGGAAAGACAAGAGGAGCCACCACCUGGGCUCUGAUGGAAUCUACCUGGAUGACAUCACUGAGCUGGAGCCAGAUGUGGCCGCUCUCUACUUCCCCAAAAGUGACGGGGGUGGUUCGGUGAGAGGAGGCUUGGAAACGGGAGUGCGGAGUGCCAACCAAUCCCCUCAGUCGGUGGGCAGCAGUGGGAUGGACAGCGGCGUGGACAGCUACUCUGACCAGCUGGGAGACAUGCCCAACAUCGCCAUCUCCCUUUGUGGAGGUCUCACUGACAACAGAGAGAUCACAAGAGAACAGUUUGAGGAGAGAGCCAUCUCUUACCAGCAGUUCACUGAGAACCCCUCCAUCAUUGACGAUCCCAACCUGGUGGUCAAGAUAGGAACCAAGUACUAUAACUGGACCACUGCAGCCCCUCUGAUGCUGUCUAUGCAGGUGUAUCAGAAGCCCCUGCCAAUGGCCUCAGUGGAGAACAUCAUGAAGGAGAAGAUGCCCAAGAAAGGAGGCCGCUGGUGGUUCUCAUGGCGCAGCAGGAACAGCGACUCCAAAUCGGACUCAGUGUCUGAGACAGGAGUUGGAGAUGAGGGUGAGCCCUCUCUCAGCAUGGCUUCAGUCAACGGAAUGAAGGAGGAGUCUUCCUCCAGCGAUGAGGACCACAAAUUGUCCAAUCAGGGCUCGGAAUCCUGCAAGGCCGAGCCCCUUCUCACACCCGGUAGUGUGUGCUACAGGAAGACCCUCAGACUGACCCCAGAGCAGCUGGCCAGUCUGCAGUUGAAGGUGGGUCCUAAUGAGGUGGUGUUCAGUGUGACCACUCAGUACCAGGGUACCUGCCGCUGCCAGGGCACCAUCUACCUCUGGAGCUGGGACGACAAGAUCAUCAUCUCAGACAUUGACGGCACCAUCACCAGGUCGGACACCCUGGGCCACAUUCUUCCCACGCUGGGUAAAGACUGGACCCAUCAGGGCAUUGCCCGCCUCUACCACCGAGUCAGCCAGAAUGGUUAUAAGUUUAUGUACUGCUCAGCGAGGGCCAUAGGUAUGGCUGAUAUGACAAGAGGGUAUCUACACUGGGUCAACGAGAGAGGAACCAUGCUGCCUAUUGGACCUGUCCUACUCAGCCCCAGCAGUCUGUUCUCAGCUCUGCACAGGGAGGUGAUAGAGAAGAAGCCUGAGCGGUUUAAGAUCCAGUGUCUGACCGACAUCAAGCAGCUGUUCUACCCCAACACUGAGCCUUUCUACGCAGCCUUUGGCAACAGAGCCACGGAUGUGUAUUCCUAUAAGGAGGUGGGCAUUCCCCUAAACAGGAUCUUCACAGUCAACCCCAAGGGAGAGCUGAUACAGGAACACGCUAAGACCAACAUCUCAUCGUAUGGUGGUCUGUGUGAGGUGGUGGACCACGUCUUUCCCCUGUUGAUCAGAGGCCACGUCUCUGACGUCUCCUGCCCUGACACCUUCAGCCAGUUCACCUACUGGAGAGAACAGCUGCCCCAGGCCCACAUCCCUGACCAGGUCCACAUCCCCGACCAGGUCCACAUCCCUGACCAGGUCCACAUCCCUGACCAGGUCCACAGCCCUGACCAGGUCCACAUCCCUGACCAGGUCCACAGCCCUGACCAGGUCCAAAUCCCUGACCAGGUCCACAUCCCCGACCAGGUCCACAUCCCUGACCAGGUCCACAGCCCUGACCAGGUCCACAUCCCUGACCAGGUCCACAGCCCUGACCAGGUCCACAGCCCUGACCAGGUCCACAUCCCUGACCAGGUCCACAGCCCUGACCAGGUCCACAUCCCUGACCAGGUCCACAGCCCUGACCAGCCACAGGUCCACAGCCCCGACCAGCCCCAAGUCCACAGCGCCGACCAGACCCUGGACAACAGCUGAGGAGACCUCACACCACAUCAGACCACCCCAGGAGUGAGCUGUGUGCAAUCACGGACGGGAAGGGAGAGACAUGCUCAAACUCAUGAUGAUGCAGGCAUGCAAAUGCAAGAAGCAUGUAUCUGCUCUAAUGCCACACAGCUAUGCAGAGGCAGACCUUGCACUAGUGAAAGUGUACUUGCUACAACAACAGGCAUGUUAGCACUGAGUGGUAUUUAUAUGUAGUCAUCAUUUAUAUUUAUGUUUUACUCUUCAGUGUUGUUUUCUCUGCAUUACCUAGUCUAGUCAUACACGGCCCACUGUUCAUCAGGUGAAAUAAGUACAAUACCUAGCCUAGUCAUACAGAGCCUACUGUUCAUCAGGUGAAAUAAGUACAAUACCUAGCCUAGUCAUACAGAGCCUACUGUUCAUCAGGUGAAAUAGGUACAAUACCUAGCCUAGUCAUACACGGCCCACUUUUCAUCAGGUGAAAUAGGUACAAUACCUAGCCUAGUCAUACAGAGCCUACUGUUCAUCAGGUGAAAUAAGUACAUUACCUAGCCUAGUCAUACACGGCCCACUGUUCAUCAGGUGAAAUAAGUACAAUACAUAGCCUAGUCAUACACGGCCCAUUGUUCAUCAGGUGAAAUAAGUACAAUACCUAGCCUAGUCAUACAGAGCCUACUGUUCAUCAGGUGAAAUAGGUACAAUACCUAGCCUAGUCAUACAGAGCCUACUGUUCAUCAGGUGAAAUAAGUACAAUACCUAGCCUAGUCAUACAGAGCCUACUGUUCAUCAGGUGAAAUAGGUACAAUACCUAGCCUAGUCAUACAGAGCCUACUGUUCAUCAGGUGAAAUAGGUACAAUACCUAGCCUAGUCAUACACGGCCUACUAUUCAUCAGGUGAAAUAGGUACAAUACCUAGCCUAGUCAUACAGAGCCUACUGUUCAUCAGGUGAAAUAGGUACAAUACCUAGCCGAGUCAUACAAAGCCUACUGUUCAUCAGGUGAAAUAGGUACAAUGCCUUGCCUAGUCAUACAGAGCCUACUGUUCAUCAGGUGAAAUAGGUUCAAUACCUAGCCUAGUCAUACACGGCCUACUGUUCAUCAGGUGAAAUACAGUGCCUUGAAAAAGUAUUCAUCCCCUUGGCGUUUUUCCUAUUUUGUUGCAUUACAACCUGUAAUUUAAAUAGAUUUUUAUUUGGAUUUCAUGUAAUGGACAUACACAAAAUAGGCCAAAUUGGUGAAGUGAAAUGAAAAAAAUUACUUGUUUCAAAAAAUUCAGAAAAGUGUGCUAUGAAGCCCCUAAAUAAGAUCUGGUGCAACCAAUUACCUUCAGAAGUCACAUAAUUAGUUAAAUAAAGUCCACCUGUGUGCAAUCUAAGUGUCACAUGAUCUGUCACAUGAUCUCAGUAUAUAUACACCUGUUCUGAAAUGCCCCAGAGUCUGCAACACCACUAAUCAAGGGGCACCACCAAGCAAGCGGCACCAUGAAGACCAAGGAGAUCACCAAACAGGUCAGGGGUGAAGUUGUGGAGAAGUACAGAUUAGGGUUGGGUUAUAAAAAAAUAUCCGAAAUUUUGAACAUCCCACUGAGCACCAUUAAAUCCAUUGUUAAAGAAUGGUAAGGAUAUGGCACCACAACAAACCCGCCAAGAGAGGGCCGCCAACCAAAACUCACGGGCCAGGCAAGGAGGGCAACAAAGAGACCAAAGAUAACCCUGAAGGAGCUGCAAAGCUCCAUAGCAGAGAUUGGAGUAUCUGUCCAUAGAACCACUUUAAGCCAUGCACUCCACAAAGCUCCAAAUAAGCAAACAUGUUUGCUGUUCGCCAAAAGGCAUGUGGGAGACUCCCCAAACAUAUGAAAGAAGGUACUCUGGUCAGAUGAGACAAAAAAAAUUGCUCUUUGGCCAUCAAGGAAAACACUAUGUCUGGGGCAAACCCAACACCUCUCAUCACCCCGAGAACACCAUCCCCACAGUGAAGCAUGGUAGUGGCAGCAUUAUGCUGUGUGGAUGUUUUUCAUCGGCAGGGACUGGGAACCUGGUCAGAAUUGAAGGAAUGAUGGAUAGCGCUAAAUACAGGGAAAUUCUUGAGGGAAACCUGUUUCAGUCUUCCAGAGAUUUGAGACUGGGACUGAGGUUCACCUCAGGUUCACCUUAUGAACGCUCAAAUUUUCAGUUUUGUCUUAUUUCUUGUUUGUUUCACAAUAAAAAAUAUUUUGCAUUUUCAAAGUGG